AAAAGUACUGAUAAUUCUAAGUAAAUAGAAAUGUGCUCGGUAUAUUAUCUUUUUAGUCGACUAUAAUUUAAUUUUAGUCGAGUUACAUAAUUUAAUCGUUGACCAGCAGUAACUUUGAGUGCUACUCUAUUGCUGUCGAUUUUCUGUCGCAAAAAGAUAGCCGAGCAUCACGAUGUCGGACUCCGCGGGCCGCCCCAUGAAAUUCCCCUACACGUUCAGCGCUAAGCUGGCGCAGUUCCCCUUGAAGUUCUACAUUCAGAACCAAUGGAUCUGGAAAUACUGGGCUAUCGGAAUCGUGGUCUCCCUACCCGUCUUCUACAAGAUCAACAAACUGGCUAACUCCCCCGGCAACGUAGCUAAAUGGGCAGAGAUCAGGAGGAAGGAGGCUGCUGAGCACCACUAAAUGAAUAUCUUCUGUCUAUACCAAUAGUACUGGGUUAUAAGAAAACCGAUUUGUGUGAUUUAUUUAUGUUGUAAGCGAAUAUUAAAUCAUGUAAUAGUUA